AUGGAAAAGCUCAAGUCUUCCAUGAAAGAUCUCCAAGCUACCCACCUCACGAGUGUCAAAGGUCACAUAGCCAAAUUCGUGGAACAAAGCUAUCUCCACGAGGCAGAGGAGGAGGAGGAGGAGGACGUCGCCACUGCCGCCGCCGCCAUUGCAUCUUCAUCUGGAACUAUGAAGCGUUGGGAGAGAUUAUUCUUUUCCCCGCACACCACGAAGUCGAUCAUGGAGGAGGCCAAGUCGGAGAAGGGAGAGCGAUCAGAUCACUUGUUGUACGAGAAGAGCGUCAUGCUGUCCGUGCAUUCCACGGAUCCUUACCGUGAUUUCAGAGCCUCCAUGGAGGAGAUGGUGACCGCGUUGGAGCUGCGAGAGUGGCGCAGUCUUCAGGAGCUCCUGCACUGCUACUUGAAGGUGAACCAGCGGAAGAACCACAAAGCCAUUGUGUUAGCUUUCAUGGACUUCCUGCUGCAUCUCAUCGUUCAGAACAAAGAAGCCUUUGCCACAGAGGCUUCUCUCUCGCCGCCACCACCACCUGAUCAGUAA